AAGCCUUGGUAGGCGUCAACGUCAACGAAGUUCGCGGUGGCUUGCGUUGCAACUGCGUUCGGAAAGUGCAUUUUCAUCGGUUGGAGAUAAAAAUCCUUUUCAAUCAUACCUAUCAAAAUUUAUUCUUUAUAAUCUGCCUGAUAAACGAAAUUGUUACAUCACAGAAUCUUCUCUCACGUGACGAUGAGUCAGCUCAGCUUCCACCGGAAGUUGCAUCCCUCCGAUCCGCAUAAGGUGCCGGUGUUAAUUAUCGGUCAGCAGCGUCAUCUGAGUGAAUUACCGUUCGAAUGGGUCCGUUGCAAGCUGGAACCCCGUGUUUCAGCGGAUACGUUCCAGAAGGCUAUAUCGCAUCUACAUCCAGCUCCAACGGAUACCUGUUCACUGUAUCUAGACUUAGCCAAAGUUGCUGCUCUCCCAAUAAAAGCGUCCCGGCACAACUCGGAUUCACGUGCACAUGCCCUGACCAAACUAAUCCAGACGCAUACGUCGGGAAUUGAUGAGGCCAUUGUCGUGGUAUGUGAACGAGAUAAUGUGUUCGCCUCUGCGUGUGCCGUUGCCAGAGCAUUUCCGCUGUACAGCCGGAAAAGCUCUAAAUUGGAUGGUGCUAAACCCACUGACGGGACUGUUAAGGUCAACGUAGAGUUUGUGUUAGUAGCUGGAGAACCGUUGACGGAUCAGGAUGUAGAAGUGCUGAAAUAUGCUGCAGAAGGAAUUCGUUUAACGGCAAAAAUAGUUGACGCUCCCUGCAACGAAAUGAAUGUUUCCGGAUUUAUUCGCGAGGUGGAAAUUGUGGCAAAAGAACUGAAUUUAAUUGCAAAAGUCAUUCGUGGCGAAGAAUUGAAUGAAAAGGGUUUUGGGGGUAUUUACGGCGUUGGAAAAGCAGCUGCUGAUCCACCGGCGCUGGUUGUGCUGUCGUAUGAACCGGAUGGUGCAACUGAAACUGUAGCUUGGGUUGGAAAAGGAAUUGUUUUCGAUACUGGUGGUCUUAGCAUCAAAGGCAAAACUGCGAUGCCUGGAAUGAAACGAGAUUGUGGAGGAGCGGCCGCUGUUCUCGGUGGUUUCUAUGCUGCAAUUAAGAGCGGUUUCAAACAAAAUUUGCAUGCGGUUUUUUGCCUGGCGGAAAAUUCUGUUGGUCCAAACUCAACCCGUCCGGACGAUAUUCACCGCUUGUAUUCAGGUUGCACUGUUGAGAUUAACAAUACUGACGCCGAAGGUCGGUUGGUUCUGGCUGACGGAGUUUGCUAUGCUGAUCGUGAUCUGAAGGCAAAAAUUAUACUUGAUAUGGCCACUUUAACGGGGGCUCAAGGAAUUGCGACAGGAAAAUAUCACGGUGCCAUUUUGACCAACAGUGGGCUGUGGGAACAAAAAGCUUUAGUUAUUGGUCGGCAAACAGCUGAUUUACUAUCGCCGGUUCCGUACUGUCCAGAGUUACAUUUCAGCGAAUUCAACUCUGCUGUAGCUGACAUGAAAAAUUCAGUUAUGGAUCGUGGAAAUGCUCAAGUGAGUUGCGCUGGACUAUUUGUCGCUGCCCAUCUUGGGUUUGAGUACACAGGAGCUUGGUUACAUGUAGACAUGGCUUCGCCCGUCCACAGUGGAGAGCGUGCGACCGGAUAUGGAGUAGCUUUGUUGUUGGGAUUAUUUGGAGAACACAGUUGUGCUGACAUGCUGAAACAGAUCGCAGCCACUGGCACCAACGGAACCAUUCGCAACUCUGAGUUAAAAAUCUCAAACGAACCCCAAUUGAAAAAAGCUCGUGUCGAUUGAAACAAAUAUUGUUCACUUAGAACUUCUAGAAAUGUAAUAUUUUUUUAGAGAAAUACAAGCUCUAUACUGCCGCAUUUAAA